CUCUCACUCUGGCAAUAAUUAGCCACAUUAGAACAAGAAUACACUUUAAAGGCUGUGGCCACGCAGAAGGACUUCAUUUGGCAACACAGAAACCACAGACAGGAAAGACCACAGAAGGAAUAUCCACCUUCUCCUAAAAGGCUCCGACCAGAGACGAUACAAAUGGAAGAUCCCAUUGACACCGCCAUGGCAGUGUUCUCUGAUCAGUACCUGUCGUCCAAUGACAGUUUACUAUUCAACAUCACUCCAACCCAUUUCCCCCGCCUACCACCCAUAAUAGACCAGACCAUCAGCAUCGCCACCAUAGUGAUCCUCUUCAUCACCAUGGUUUCACUGGGCUGUACCAUGGAGGUGCCCAAGAUCAAGGCCCACAUCCUGAAACCUAAAGGAGUAGCCAUCGCAGUGGUGGCCCAGUUUGGAGUAAUGCCCCUCACUGCCUUCUCAUUGGCUAAGGUGUUACAGCUGGGGCCGGUAGAGGCUGUAGUGGUGCUGAUCUGUGGAUGCUGUCCAGGGGGAAGCCUCUCCAAUAUAUUGGCCCUGUCUCUGAAGGGAGACAUGAACCUAAGUAUUGUGAUGACUACCUGCUCUACAGUUCUAGCCCUGGGUAUGAUGCCACUGCUCCUCUACCUAUACUGCCAGGGCUUCUCCAACCUGGAGAGUGCUGUUCCCUACGCUGGCAUCACUCUGGCCCUGGUCAUGACUCUGUUCCCCUGCGGCAUCGGCAUCCUCAUCAACUACUACAGGCCACAGUACUCCAAGAUUAUUACUAAGGUCGGCCUGUCCCUCCUGUUGAUGGCCACGGUGGUGAUUGGCCUGCUGGCCGGCAUGACCCUAGGAGGGAUGGAUUUGACGCUGACCCUCCUGUCCCCUCCGCUCAUGGCCACCGCUGCCCUCAUGCCCCUCAUUGGCUACACCUCCGGAUAUGUCCUGUCAUACCUCUUCAAACUCAACGGAUCGGGGCGGAGGACCAUCUCCAUGGAGACAGGCUGUCAGAACAUCCAGCUGUGUUCCACCAUUUUGAAGGUGGCAUUCCCUCCCGAUGUGAUUGGUCCCCUCUACCUAUUCCCUAUGAUCUACAUAGUGUUUCAGGUGGGAGAGGCCUUACUGCUCAUUGUCCUGUUCAGGGUUCACCGGAGGUUCUUCAAAACACCGGAGACAGAGAAGGUGGUGUACGAUGCAGUGGAUGGAAAUCAGAUUCACAUCAGCUCAGUCUGAAAUGGCGCUGUCUACCAAGGCUUCAGGCUCCCAAAGACCUGAUUAUCUACCAGAUUACAAUGAGGAUUUUAACACCCUGUAACUGCACAUACAAUGAUGCUUGGCAGCAGGCGAUUUGAAGGUGGAGUGAUUGUAACUAAUUGACUACACUGUACACAGGCGUAGAAGUGUAUGUGGAGUUAACUGAAGAGAGAAACCUAUGUACUGUCUAAACUACUUGAGUACUUCUGAUCAAGACAAGGUAGUGUCAAUGUUUGGACCACCUAUUGAAAACAGUCGUGACAUUUUAUUACUGCUAGUAUUUAAUUACAUAUUGUUUUAAGCUCAUACUAAAAAAAAGUGGCAAGAUCGUUGAAGUUGAAACUUCAAGUUAACCCUGUCUUUUGAUGCUUUAUAUAAAAUAUGUUUUGGUCAUCUGCUUUCGGAGUUCUUUUUUAAUUAAAUACAAAUAACCUUCAUAUUAAAUCAGACUUAAUGCUUUAGUGUACAAAAGGUUUUUAUUUUCCAAACUAUUGUCUCGGCGUUAACCUCGUCACAAUAAGUUGUAUAAGGGAAAUAUAAAGCGGAACAGAAACACCACUCCAUUUAAACAUUCAAUACAAACGGGCUCAAAUAAAAACAGCACGUACAACGUUUUCACAGGGUGUCUUCUUCACUGAGGAUAAAACAGAAAUCCCCUAACGGUUACCUUACACCACCCCUACACUGAGGAUAAAACAUUAUUUUACUGCCAAUCACAACAAAGGCCCACACACACACACACAAAAAAAAGAGAUGGUAUUCUAUCAAAAAAUAACAGCAUAAAACAUAAAUCCCCUAACAGUUACCUUACACCACCCCCCCUCUACACUGAGAUGAGAAUGGUACGACCCAAAACAUUAACCAAUCACAUUCCUUACCAUCAUGCAACAGUACUUGAAUUCUCAAACAGUUCAUGAUAUCAGAGCUACCAACCAACAGCAGGAGCAGGGGGGGGGGGGGG